GGAGAAAGAAAAGAAAAGCAAAGGAGAAAGGAGAAAGGAAUCGUGGCCAAGUGAGAGGAUGUAGAGGACUAUCAUCAACUGCUGCUGCAGUGAGGCUCUAGCAAAAUGCGCAAAGAGAUUGGGGAACACAAACCGAUUCGUGUCUCGGCAUAGUUAAGUAGUUCCACCCCCAAAAAAGGAAGAAGCGCGCACUGGACAUUACCCUGGCGGAGGUUCUCUCCACAGAGGGAUGCAAAAAGGGAAAUAAAAAAAAAAAAGGAAAUAACUUGUACUCCUUAUUACUGACGAUUAAGGGGGGGAGAGAAAAAAAAAUAAACAAAUAAAACAGCGGCACUGCGAAUAGCGGCUCUCCAAGUAGCUGCCCCCCAAGUAGCUGCCCCCCAAAAUGAACGACGGACUGAACAAGCUAACUUCCGUCGAGAGCGAGUACCUAGAGAAGAGCGGGAAAAAGAGAAGACAGAAAUCUUUAACUCCAAACGAUGAUGUCUGCGUCCACCAGGAUGGGAGCUCUGAACGAAAUUGCUUGUCCACAGCCCAAGAGGGAAUAAAACACAACGAGGGAUUUCCCCUCCCCGAUGUGCAUGCAAGUGAUAGGGGAGCGGGCCAAGGAGAACGUCCCUCCUGCGUAGACGCAGAAGUGGAGGAAGAAGAUUCUGAAACGUUGGAAGUGAUAAAGCAGCUGAGCUCCAUUCGUAUCGACUCAGACUCGGACAGCUCCGUCGGGGGGGAUAAGGUGGUUUAUAAUAAAAAGGAAAACACGCCAAAAAAGAGGAACAAAAAAAAAAGGGGGAAAAACACCAUCACGCCGUUGUGGGAUAAUUCGGAGGUGGAAUGCGUGGAGGAUGCCAUCGUGUACGACGAGUCGAAGGACACCGAAUUUCCAGACCUUCUGCAACUCUUCGAGGAAUACAACGAGAAGUAUUUUUUUAGCAAAUUGAAGUCCGUGCAGGUGAAGUGGAGCAACAAAAUGAAGCUAUGCGCGGGGAUAUGCAUAUUUAAGAAAUCAGGCUACUGCUGCAUUCGGCUAUCCCUCCCGCUUUUGAAGCUGCGGAAGAUAAAGGAGUACCGGGAGACCCUACUGCACGAAAUGAUUCACGCGUUCCUCUUUCUAACGAGAAGCAACUCUCGACACGAUGGGCACGGACCGGAAUUCAAAAAGCACAUGUACCGAAUCAACAAAGCGACGGGGCUGUGCAUCACCAUAUACCACAGCUUUCACAAGGAGGUGAACUUUUACAGGAACCACGUCUGGCGGUGCACGGGCGUCUGCAGAACUUACCCUCCCCACUUUGGGUACGUCAAAAGGUCUAUGAAUAGGCCCCCCGGGCCCAAGGAAAAGUGGUGGAGAAGGCACUCCUCGUACUGCCGCGGCAAUUUCGUCAAAGUGGAAGACGCUGAAGCGGCCAAGAAUUCGGACACGGCACCGUUGGGCGAGGCCGGGAACAACUCAGGCACACUCGGGAAGGCGCUGGACUCGACGCGCGCGAAGAGUAAGAAGACGAGCGCGAAAAAAGACGGCUUCGAAAAACGGGCAGACGGCGUAGAGGCAGAACUGCUGAACGACGCCAUAGUCAUUAUGGACUCGAAGGAACAAACUGCGGAGAAGCAAAAAGAGGUAAACCAACUGGACAUCAUUAAUUUAAUAAAAACCCUGUUUGGUGACAACAAGCAGAAGGUGUGGUCCUUCCCUGACCUGUCCGUUGACUACCACAAGGCGUUUAAAAAUGAAAAGUACUUUGAAAUAGACUAG